GUGUAGAUGGUGAUUGCGGGGGAUCAUGGCUUGUGUCACUCUGUGUUCUCUCCAGGGUACUUACCUGCUAGUAGUAAGAGUGGUCAGUUAUAACUGGAUAGAAAGUAAGUUUGUUGGGUUUGGGGGGUCCCGUACAUGGAUAGUGGGUGCUAUACCCUAUGACUUGAGUGAGUGUGCAUGAGUGGUGUUUCAAGGACGGGAUGGAAAGGAAUCGAAUUGGCCCAUGUACUGAAGCCUUAGGAGGACAGAUCCCCGGGCACACAACAACAACAACAUCAGGCCAUCCCCACUGGGGAUUAGUCCGAUUUCCCUUACGUAUGGUAAGGAGGUUAUUCCUGAUCGGAUCCUGGUAUAGAAUAAUAGUUAGUCACUUAGUAUUUACCCCUCGAAUGGUCACCAUUCAAAUAGCCUCGUCUUUCCCUCGUUUUCUUUGUCUUCAUCUUCUAUCUUUUUUCUCUCACAACUCACUCUCUCAUCCUUAAUCUCUCUCACUUCGCUAUUAUCUUUAACCUUCUUUGAUAACUUUAUCCAUAUCAUCACUAUCAUCAUGGGUUCCACUCUUCCUCAGACUAUGAAGGCUCUUCGGUAUGUUCCUUUUCCCUAAUCAUAGUCAUUAGUUAGGAUGUAGUUAACCAUCGGUACCAGCUAUGAGAAGCCAGAGUCGCAC